AUGGCUACAGUAAAACUAACUGAAACUUUAUUUGGUGUAACAAAUAAUAAUAAUGAAAUAAAAAAAUAUACUCUUUCAACACCAGAUGGCUUUGAAGUUUCUUUAAUUAAUUAUGGUGCUACAAUUCAAUCUAUUCGACAACCAGAUAAAAACAAUCAAAUUAGUGAAGUCACACUCGGUUAUGAUACUCUUCAGGAGUAUGUGGAUGAUAAAAAUUUUUUUGGUUGUACUGUUGGUCGAGUAACAAAUCGAAUAAAGAAUGGUCGUUUUGAAUUAGAUGGUACUACCUAUGAAUUGCCAAAGGAUGACGGUACAAAAAAACAUUAUUUACAUGGUGCUUUUCAUAAACGUGUAUGGGAUAGUUCAACAGAAAAUAAUGAUACUGUUAUUUUUAAAUAUCAAAGUCCAGAUGGUGAAAGCGGAUUUCCUGGCCAAGUCGAUGCGACUGUCAAAUAUAUAUUGUCAAGUGAUCAUCAAUUAAAGAUUGAUUAUCAUGCAACAACAACAAAAUCAACACCAAUAAAUAUGACAAAUCAUGCUUAUUUUAAUCUUGGUGGAGAUGCAAGCGGAACAAUACUCGAUCAUCAAUUAAUAGUACCUGCCGAUAAAAUUAUUUCAUUAGAUGAUGAACACAUUCCGACAGGAGAAAUAGCAUCAGUAGAAAAUACUCCAUUCGAUUUUAGAACAUUGACUCGUGUUGGUGAUCAUAUAAAUGAAUCAUUUACUGGUUAUGAUAUUAUGUUGCUCGUUAAUGGCGAAGGAAAACGUCCCUUUGGAAAACUUGUUCAUGGAUCAAGUGGCCGAGCCAUGACUAUUGAAUCAACUCAAAAAGGAAUUCAGUUUUAUACAGCAGAUCAUCUUGAUGGUGGUAAAGGUCACAACGGAACAGCCUAUGAUAAACAUGCUGCAUUGUGUUUAGAAAUUCAAAAUUAUAGUGAUAGCGUUAACAAUCAACCUCAAUUUCCAACUACUAUUCUUCUUCCUGGUGAAGAAUAUCACGAACAAACAACAUUUCAUUUUCAUUUGGAAUAA